GACUGUUGGACAGUCGGUUUAAAACCCAUCACCCACAAAAGAAAAAGCUUGACAGCUUUUACAUUCGAUGACCAUGAAAGCAAACAAACAAUUAGAGGAAUUGGUCUUUAUAUACAGACUUUGAUUUCUUAUUAUUGAAGUCGAUUCAGAAUUCAGAUACAAUGGAGCGUUAUGAGAUUCUGAAAGACAUAGGGUCUGGGAAUUUUGGAGUUGCGAAGCUUGUGAGAGACAAACAAAGUGGUGAUUUAUAUGCUGUCAAGUAUAUUGAGAGAGGUCCAAAGAUUGAUGAGCAUGUGCAAAGGGAGAUCAUGAAUCACAGGUCGUUGAAGCAUCCAAAUAUCAUUAGAUUUAAGGAGGUUCUGUUAACAUCAACCCAUUUAGCCAUAGUCAUGGAAUAUGCUUCUGGUGGAGAACUCUUUGAGAGAAUUUGCACUGCCGGAAGAUUUAGCGAAGACGAGGCUAGGUACUUCUUUCAGCAACUCAUAUCAGGAGUCAGUUACUGCCAUUCAAUGCAAAUUUGUCAUAGAGAUCUUAAGCUGGAGAACACACUCUUAGAUGGAAGUACAGCGCCCCGUCUCAAAAUAUGCGACUUUGGCUAUUCCAAGUCAUCUGUGUUGCAUUCACAACCCAAAUCAACUGUAGGAACACCAGCCUACAUCGCGCCGGAGGUCUUAUCCAAGAAAGAAUAUGAUGGGAAGAUUGCUGAUGUUUGGUCUUGUGGGGUUACCUUAUAUGUGACGCUGGUUGGUGCUUAUCCAUUUGAAGAUCCUGAAGAUCCGAGGAACUUCAGAAAAACAAUUCAGAGGAUUCUAAGUGUCCAGUACUCGAUUCCAGACUACGUUAGAGUCUCCAAGGAAUGUAAGAAUCUCCUAUCUCGGAUUUUUGUCGCUGACCCUGAAAAGCGAAUAACAAUCCCAGAAAUUAAGAAGCAUCCAUGGUUCUUGAAGAACUUGCCAGUUGAGUUUGCAGCAGCAGCAGAAGAAAAAGAAGAAGAAGAAAACAGCAUGGAAAGUGACAAUAAAAGUAUGGAAGAAGUAGUGUCUAUAAUUCAAGAGGCAAGAAAACCUGGAGAGGGGAUGAAAUUAGUUGGUGACAGUUUUCUUGAUGAACUCAUGGAGCUUGAUGACAUUGAUGCUGAUACUGAUACAGAUGAUAUAGACAUAAGUGGUGAAUUUGUCUGUGCACUAUAAUUAAUUUAGUGUUUCUACUUUAAAUCAUGUAGUUUCUGCUUUUUUCCAUGGCCAAUCUUUGCUUUGAAGUUCCCUAUAUGGAUCUUGGUGCAUAUCCAUGCCAACCUCCCUCUUUCGACUUAGUUGAUUGGCCAAAUCUAGAGCUAAUUAUUAUAUUAUAUGAACAUGCAAUCCCUAUCAGCAUAAAAGAACGAGGUUUCACCUUA